CACCGGUGGGAGCAGGGCCCUGGGCUGGGAGUGCGGCGGGCGAGCGGACGGGCGGCGGAGGCCUCGCAGCGGCGGCGGCGGCGGCGGCGGCUUAAGGCGCAGUCGUGGUCCGUUGGGUGCGAAUCCGCCGAGCCCACGAGCGGCUGCUCAGCCCUCUCUCCUGCCCGUCGGAACCCGGGAGCAGGGACCCGCUUAGCCGGCGUCAUCAUGACCAAGGCCGGUAGCAAGGGCGGGAACCUCCGCGACAAGCUGGACGGCAAUGAGCUGGACCUGAGCCUCAGCGACCUGAAUGAGGUCCCCGUCAAGGAGCUGGCUGCACUCCCAAAGGCCACCGUAUUGGAUCUGUCCUGCAAUAAACUGAGCUCUCUUCCGUCGGAUUUCUGUGGCCUCACACAUCUGGUGAAGCUGGACCUCAGCAAGAACAAGCUGCAGCAGCUGCCCGCAGACUUUGGUCGCCUGGUCAACCUUCAGCAUUUGGAUCUCCUCAACAACAGGCUGGUCACCCUGCCUGUCAGCUUUGCUCAGCUCAAGAACCUGAAGUGGCUGGAUCUGAAAGACAAUCCCCUGGAUCCUGUCCUGGCCAAGGUGGCAGGAGAUUGCUUGGAUGAGAAGCAGUGUAAGCAGUGUGCAAACAAGGUGUUACAGCACAUGAAGGCCGUGCAGGCAGAUCAGGAACGAGAGCGACAGCGCCGGCUGGAAGUGGAGCGAGAGGCAGAGAAGAAGCGGGAGGCCAAGCAGCAGGCUAAGGAGGCAAAGGAGCGCGAGCUGCGGAAGCGGGAGAAGGCAGAGGAGAAGGAGCGUCGGCGAAAGGAGUACGAUGCCCAGAAGGCUUCCAAGCGGGAGCAGGAGAAGAAGCCCAAGAAGGAGACAAAUCAGGCCCCAAAAUCUAAGUCUGGCUCUCGUCCUCGCAAGCCACCACCCCGGAAACACACACGCUCCUGGGUUGUGCUGAAGGUGUUGCUGCUCUUGCUGCUAAUGUGUGUGGCAGGAGGGCUGGUUGCAUGCCGGAUGACAGGGCUGCAGCACCAGCCCCUCUGCAACAGCGUGAACACCGUCUACGACAAUGCUGUCCAGGGCCUGCGCCAUCAUGAGAUCCUCCAGUGGGUCCUCCAGACCGACUCCCAGCAGUGAGCUUGUCCUCAGCACCGCUGCCUCCCAGCCUUGGAGCUUGGAUUCCUAUGGAAUUGGGUUCUGCUGGACACAACCUCUUUUUAGCGUCAGACCUACCUGCCAUCAUCAAAUGGCUGCUGAUUGGCACUUGAGACCUCCCCUUUGUAGGACUUCUUUGUUCCUUAGUCAGGGUUCCCUGGUGGAAUGAGGAGAAAUGGAGAGGGGAGGAAGAGUUACCUGCAUGCCUAAAGGAAUAGGCUUAGGGGUGGGGAGAGAGAAGGCCUACGUUUUCUAGUCACACCAAGCUGUGUAAGGCAAGGUUCCUUUCUACUAAAUGGUCAGCUGUCACUACA